GACGACGAAUUGAAUGGGCAUGUAAACUCGCACAGCUCACCUCAUUGGGGAAAAUGCUCCUACUACUAGCCUUCUAUUGAGGAGAGAGGGGAAAAAAAAAAGGAGAGAAGAGAAUACAAAAUGGUCAAAAAAGAGGGAGCAGGCAGCGCGCCCUACUGAGUCCUACAGUGACCCGAUCCGCCCUUCAAUCCUCCUCUCCUCGUCCUUGGCUGUUUGUUAGUUAAUUGGUUAAAAGAGUAUUUUUUUUGCCUUUUCCUCCGGUCCAGAUUGGAUCCAGCCUAUCCUCCUCCUUUUCUCCUCCUCUCAGCCCUCAAAUUAUUCGUCGUUCAAGAAAUGGCAAUGGCCAGCAGCAUCGCCAGACGAAAGGCCGCCUCGCCUUUUCUGUCCCCCGAAAAUAUCAAGUCCUGCUAUUCUUUUUUUCUCACCACCAGAGGCUUCGCUUCCGCCUCUGAUGACAACGACGUCGUCGUCAUCGGUGGUGGACCCGGCGGAUAUGUCGCCGCCAUCAAAGCUGCCCAGCUCGGUCUCAAAACCACCUGCAUCGAGAAACGUGGCUCUCUCGGCGGCACCUGUCUCAACGUCGGUUGUAUCCCUUCCAAGGCACUUCUUCAUUCGUCACACAUGUUCCAUGAAGCCAAGCAUUCUUUUGCCAGUCAUGGAGUGAAACUCUCUUCUGUUGAAGUUGAUCUACCAGCUAUGUUGGCCCAGAAAGAUAAAGCUGUGUCUAACUUGACCCGAGGUAUUGAAGGUCUGUUCAAGAAGAACAAAGUCAACUAUGUUAAGGGUUAUGGCAAAUUUCUCUCCCCUUCAGAGGUUUCUGUUGACACCAUUGAAGGUGGUAAUACUGUUGUGAAAGGGAAGAAUAUAAUAAUCGCCACUGGUUCUGAUGUCAAGAGUCUACCCGGGGUAGCCAUUGAUGAGCAGAGAAUUGUGUCAUCAACUGGUGCUUUGUCCUUGUCAGAAGUCCCCAAGAAACUGGUUGUUAUUGGAGCUGGGUAUAUUGGCCUUGAAAUGGGCUCUGUUUGGGGGCGUCUUGGCUCUGAGGUAACUGUUGUUGAAUUUGCACCUGAUAUUGUUCCAACCAUGGACGGCGAAAUCCGCAAACAAUUCCAGCGUGCCCUUGAGAAACAGAAGAUGAAAUUUAUGCUCAAAACCAAGGUUGUAUCAGUUGACACUGCUGGGGAGACAGUGAAGUUGACGCUUGAGUCAGCUGAUGGUGGUAAACAGAGCACUCUUGAAGCUGAUGUUGUCCUUGUAUCCGCAGGAAGAAUUCCGUUUACUGCUGGACUUGGAUUGGACAAGAUAGGUGUUGAAACUGACAAGGCUGGUCGGGUCCUAGUCAACGAAAAAUUUGCCACAAAUAUCCCUGGGGUAUACGCUAUUGGUGAUGUUAUUCCAGGACCAAUGUUGGCGCACAAGGCAGAAGAGGAUGGUGUUGCAUGUGUGGAAUUCAUUGCUGGGAAGGAAGGUCACGUGGAUUAUGAUAUGGUUCCUGGAGUUGUUUAUACACACCCUGAGGUGGCAUCUGUUGGAAAAACUGAGGAGCAGGUGAAGGCCCUCGGGGUCCAAUAUCGUGUUGGAAAGUUCCCUUUCAUGGCAAACAGCAGGGCCAAGGCAAUUGAUGAUGCCGAGGGAAUUGUCAAGAUACUUGCAGAGAAGGAGACUGACAAGAUAUUGGGUGUCCAUAUAAUGUCACCGAAUGCUGGGGAGCUUAUUCACGAGGCUGUGCUAGCUUUGCAGUAUGGGGCAGCAAGUGAGGAUAUUGCUCGUACUUGCCAUGCACAUCCCACAAUGAGUGAGGCUCUUAAAGAAGCUGCCAUGGCAACAUAUGACAAGCCCAUUCACAUAUAGAUGCCUUAUAUCUUGUUAUUAUUGCUUUAUUUUCCCUCUGAGAAUUAUGAUGACUUGGAAAGGCUUUCUGAUUCCUUCGUGUUACUUUAGUACAUCACUUGAGUGAAAAAUAUCUACUUUUCUUGUUGCUGUUCCCUCAUCUGGGAUCAAAGUACCGAGUGGGAAUAUUUCCUCUUCGCAUGUUGAUAUGCAAAAUAACUAAGAGGUGGACAUGGAUUUAAACAUUUCUGAGUUACUCUGCACUAAUUUCACGGCUGCCUGGAGUAGAUGUUUUGUUACUGUUCAUUGUGUUAUGUACAGAAGGUAGAAGCCUUUGCUUAAUGUUGGUUGUGUCAUAUAAAGGAGGAACAAUCUGCAGCGACAUUUUGAUAGUCUUAAUUUGCAAGAUCCGCCAAGACUCGAGAUUGAAACCUCCACCUUGUCACACACCUUAAGACAUAAUACAGCUGAUGAUGAGAGCCUUACAGGAGUCUUUUGAAUCUUGCUUAUUGCACUCUACAUAUGUAUACGCAAGGAAGGAUUACAAGGAUCAAGGAGGGAUCCGUAGCUUCUGUUCAAGCAGUUUAUGUACAGCCGUGUGUAUGACCCCUACUAUUGCAGGAGGCAUGAUUAUGAAAACCUAAAGAGCCGAGCAGCUGCUGCCUUUGAUGGUCCUAAAACUUUGUGACGAGAAUUUCAAGAAUAAUCAACUUAAGAGAAACACAACAACCUCUAGAUUAUAGUCAGACGGUCCAAAAUUUUUGUGAUGUUAUUUUGAUGACUAUAUUGUUUGAUCAAAGGAGGUCAAGUGUGAGACAAGUGAUUUCAUGCUAUUUUCCUA